UGGUUAAAUCAAAAACUUUGGUUAUAUUGACAGAAUUUGAAAGAAUGAACAAGACCUUUGUUUUCAAUUAAUUGUAUGAAAUAGGAAGACAUGAUUCCUGCAGUGUUUAUCACAAGUUCGUUCCUAUUUUUUUGUGUUUCUACAGCUGAGAUUAAUAACACCGAAUUUGACCCAUUUGGACCAUUGGUAAAGUGUAGUUUUUUACCUGAGGAAUUCAUUGAAUGCCAGGAUCCUGUUGAUCAUAAAGGGAAUAUAACUGCCAGGGAUGAAUUGGGAUAUGGUUGUGUUAAAUUUGGUGGUAUGAAAUAUGAAGCCGUGGAAAAAACAAAAGUGCUGUGUACCGUUUUAGAUAGAAUAGAAUGUUUUGGGAACAGAACAUUUUUCAGGGAAGGAAUUCCUUGCAUAAAAUAUUCAGACCAGUACUUCACAAGUACACUGCUCUAUAGUAUUCUGCUCGGUUUCCUUGGCAUGGACCGAUUUUGUUUAGGACAAACAGGAACAGCUGUUGGCAAGUUAUUAACACUAGGUGGGGUUGGAAUUUGGUGGAUUAUAGAUAUUGUUCUUUUGGUAACAAAUAAUUUAGUACCUGAAGAUGGUAGCAAUUGGAAUCCAUACGUUUGACAAUUCAGAAAGAAAUAUGUUGAAGUAGUAAGUUAUAUUGCAAAGAUGUGCAAUCUUAUAAUGACAAAUUGAGGUGUAUAUUUUAAGAAUCAAUAUUCAACAUAUAUUCUACUGUAUAUAAUUUAAUAUAUUUGAUAUAAAUGAAAUAAUGUGAUAUGAGACUUAUUCAUUCUAUAAUGAUAAAAAAUGUUUGGUUGGUAAAAAUAUUUAUUAAUGGUAAAUAUAAUUUUAUACAUAAAAAUAUAAGGCACA